AUGCUUGAGUCUCGCCUCCUUAUGACGUCUGCAACGAGAAGCAUGGAGCGAAAUCUCGCAUGCGAAAAGUUGCCGAAGAAAAACAGUCGUAUGGAACAGAACGAACUGGUAAGGGCAACUCGCCAUCAGAUGAACGGACUGUCCCGAAAGCCCUACGCACGAACCAAGCAACGAUCACCGUCCACUUUGCGCGAAAGAACGACAAAUGGCAGCGAUGAUGGAGGUCUUUUUUUCCAAACCGGAGCUAUUACAGCGGCGGGGAUGAAUCACGGAAUCGAGUCCGAUUGGUACUCGUUCGCAAGCACGACCUGGCUUUUAUUAGACUGGCUGACAUCGAGGAUCACUGCCAAACUAGGAUCGCGCGAACAAUAG